UUGAGAUUGGAAAUGUCGUCACAGCAUCAAGACUUGGAGAUCCUUCUUCUGGAAGCUGGUCACAAUCAAGAUUUAACAGAAUCUUGUGUCAAUGAAAUCAUUGGCUCCCAUGAUGGAAAUCUUCACAGCUGCGCUAAUGCUCUCUUCAAGGGAGACUUUGAGCAGAUGCUUUUGGGAGGUGUUGCUAUGGCAAUAUUGGGUUCCGAGGAGGAAGAUCUUGGUGAUUCCUCAGAUUUCACAGAGUUCAUCCAGAAACGGAUCGAGUUAUGCCUGCAGAAAAAUGAUCCAAAAGAAGACAACUCAAGUGAGUUGUGCGUGAUGUUGGUUGGUGUCGCCUGCUUACAGCUGUUCAUCCAGAGCAACUGGACAGGGCCUCCGUGCCAAGUCACCCCUGCAGAGGUCUUACCCAGGAGUCUCUGCCAAGAGACAAAUUUUAAAGAAUUUCACGAACUUACCUUGUCGACCCUGAGUCCCGAUGAUACGUCCGUCUAUCGGUUGGUCACUCAUCCAGAGUUUCUGCUGAUGGCACAUUGCAUCCUGGGUAAAUGCAAAGCUUAUCUCCCCACUUGUCUGACGGCUGAUUGGUGGAAUUUGAGGUGUCUAUGGAUACAGCAACAAGUACUGGAUGAGAGAUCUCCGCAUAUUCACAAGGAGGUUCACAAAUUAAUGGAAUCAAUAAGCAACAAUGAAGUUCUAAUGUCAAGGGUAAAGUGCAAUGACCUUCCCCUUAUCUUCCACCUGGAAUGUUGCCACAUCUGUCAGUAUUACUAUGAGUACACAGCGGCCAGGGAACACCUCCGUAUUGCCAAGGAGACUGCAGGACUAGAGGCCAGUCUAGCAGGUGCCUUGGGGAAGAGAACCCGCUUCCAACAGACAGACAAAGCACAACUCUUCCUCAGAGUGCAGCAUAAGACAGAGGCUGAAGAUUCAUCCACAAAUGUGUCAAGAGAAGAAAGCCAUUCAGUGAAGGGUAUGCCAAAGGAUCUUGACCUAAAUGAUGAUACGAUUCUUGAUGCCAUCAAAUUCAAAGAUUUAGAAGAGGACCAAAUCCCAAGGUUGUCCAGUGCCGAGCAAGCAUUGAUACUUGCCCUGUGCAUUGAACACAAGAGAAGUAGACCAAAAGAGGAACUCCUGUGGGAGGAACUGAAGGCGUACAUCGUGGCUGCACUGACACAUCCUAAGGUAUGGUGUGUUCAAACACUAGCGCUGAUGACAAGAUGUCAGUUGGAGAAAGACCGAGGGAGGACAGUGGAAAGAGCCAUGAUGCAAAUGCAGUUACUGGUGGACCAGUUUCGGGAGACAGAAUGCCCAGUGAUUGACAGGUUUGAAUUGCUACACGCUGUGUGCCUUCCACCCAAAUGGACAAUGGAGAGUGAGCUGGCUAGCCUGUUAAUGAGUCUUGGUGUUAUAACGGCUGCCUUGGAGGUCUAUGCCAGGCUAGAACUGUGGGAGGACGUCAUUAACUGCUACCGACGCCUAGAAAAACCAGAAAAGGCCAUGAAGGUAAUCCGAGACCAGCUGGCCAUCAAAGAGACCCCAACUCUCUGGUGUCUCCUGGGAGAUUUCAAGAAGGAUAAGCAGUACUACGAGAAGGCUUGGGAGGUGUCUGGCCAACGGAAUGCAAGGGCCAUGCGAUCUCUAGGUCUGUACUACUUAGAGGAAGAGAACUGGGCAAAAAGCAUCGAGUGUCUGGAGAUCUCACUUCAGAAAAACCCAGUCCAGUACCAUGCCUGGUUCUGGCUUGGCUAUUCAGCCACUAAGGCCCAAGAUUAUGAAACGGCUGCAAGAGCAUACAGGAGAUGCGUCAGCUUGGAGAGUGAUAACGGUAAGGCAUGGAAUAACUUAUCAUCUGCCUACAUUGAACUCAAACAAAAACCAAGAGCGUUUAAGACUCUCCAAGAAGCCAUCAGGUGUCUCUAUGAAAACUGGCAGAUUUGGGAGAAUUACAUGUUGGUGAGUGUCGACAUCGGCGAGUUCAGUGAGGCAAUCAAAGCAUUCCACAGACUGAUGGAUUUGAAGGAGAAGUACCUGGAUGAGGAGGUGUUAGGAAUCCUGGUCAAUGCAGUUACUGGAGACAUUGUGGAUGCUGAUGGAAACAAAGCUAGUCUUCUCAAAGGAAAAUUGGUAGAGCUAUUCGGGAGGCUGACGUCCCAAGUGACAACUAACGCCCUUGUGUGGAAACUGUAUGCUAAACUCCACGGGAACGCCACGACGGACAACUUAGAAAAUAAUGAUAAGGCACUACAGUGUCUACAGAAGGCCCAUCGUCUACAGACACAGAGAGGUGACUGGAGUAGUGAACCUCAGUCAUGUCAAGAUAUCCUAGAACAGUCGAUACAGCUAGCUCAAGCCUACGAGAGGUGUAGCAGCAGUAAGACCAACUCUACAGAGGCUGUCCAGCUACUGUCAUCAGCCAAACUAAUGCUGAAAUCAGUCAUCAGUAAAACGAAGCAACAGCAUCCAGAGGAAUCACCGACCAGGAACGACCUGGCUGAGCGGUUGGCCUCGGCAGAGAGUGAACUACAGACGGUAGUCGAUAUGAUUACACAGAGAAAGGAAUAAGUGGAAUAACUUGAUUGUUGCUGACUUACUUGGUGUAUGGGCUCCGUGCACAAGUAACCCUUCAACGGCCAGAACAGGAGAGUUGGGCGAGACCUCUUCUUCCAAGUUCUGCACCAACUUCAUAAUGUUGAAGACUAAGGCACAUUAACCCUUACUCUCUGAGG